GGGACCAGCGUGAAGAAAAGCGAAGAAGACGACGAAGAAAUCAAGAUGUCUUUGCAGGCGACGUGCUGUCUUCUGCUGGGCCUUCUGCAUCUUACUCUGGCUCACAGGCUUGUCUUCGAGCCUUUCGUGGAGCUCACUGAGGAGGUGCCGCGGACCCCGAAGGAAGAGCUGUACCGCCCUGCUCUGGACCGGCCCCGGAUCAGCAGUGCCGGUUUGGGCUUGGGCGGCGCCUGCACUCACGACGCCCAGUGCGCCGAUGGUCUCAUUUGCACAAGGAACGAACAGCGAGGCGUCUCCCAGUGCCUGUGCUCCCAAGCGAGGCCCAUCUACGUCCACCAUGCGGGCGUCGGGAAGUGCGUACGCGCCAAGUCCCUGUACGAGUCGUGCGUGAGCAACGCCGAGUGCAACAGGGACAACCCGAACGUGGAGUGCGUCGACUUCCUCUGCUACUGCCCGCUGCCCUUCGUGCUCACCGAGGACCGACGCUGUCUGGCACCUCCCGGAUACGGUCGCGUGGCUGCUGUAGUGACGCCCGUCAUCAUGCUCUCCCUGACAGCGGUGUUGGGCAUAGCCUACCUCUACCACCGGGUGUACCGCGACAGCUGGGUCCCAGCCGAGCCGCACGUGGUGGCUGUGCCGUCCACCGCCACCAUUCCGCAAGCGCCGAUGACACCGAUACAGCCAAAGCCGCGAUACAUCCGGGGCCUGUCCGUUGUCACCAGCCCUCCUGUCACGCCGCAGGCACCACGGGAAGAGCACCGAAGUGACGGCAAUGACCACACGGGCAGCCCUUCGUCGGGGCCAGUCGCACCAAAGAGAGCAGCGAUCCCGAGCCCGGCGUCUCCCCGAUGCGCCAGCACCGGCGACGCGCUUCAGAAGGGCGGCGUGACCAUCGCCGUGUACGUGGCGCAGCCUAUGUCGGAAGAAGACCGGCAGUCUCCAGCUGGUGACUGGUCACCGGUCGGGCCCUCAUCGUCGUCACGACCUGCCAGCGCGGCGCCCACGAGUGGUAGCCGGUCGGUCCCUUCGCCGCAGUCGGUCCCUUCGCCGCAGCCGGUACCAUCGCCGCAGUCGGUCCCUUCACCGCAGUCGGCGGCGAGUAGUCGUCGAAGCUCGACGCCACAGGAUCAACCGAGCGUGGCAGCGAUGAGGCCGCCGAGCCCGAGCAGCCCGCCUGCGGCCCGCGCAUGCGUCGACGGCAUGCCGGUUUCGUUCGCCGUCCCGCCCUGGUUGGCAGGGAGCGCCAUUGACGGCGUGAGCGUCUCAGUACGCGAGAGCCGAGUGCUGCUGGGUGACGCGUCGAGGAUGAGCAGGACGGCGUCCAGCGUGGACGACUCGUUCAUGCGCGAGCUGAAGGACCGGCUGCGCCUGAAGGCCAUGCUCCGGCUGCGACAGAUGCGCCGCCAACGGGCCGAGGUUAAGGCCAGCACUUCUGCGACAGAUGGCGCCACCAGCAGCGUGCCGCCGUCGUACCCGACGCCGGUCACGCAGACCCCCCACUCUGUCGCGUCGUCGGCAGCUCGAACGCCUGGAGCAGACCUGCGUGAAGUGAGCGAGCCGGCUAGAGCGGUGCUGCGGCAUCGCAAGGACGUGACCCCACGGUCGUCAGAGCGUGCACGCCAGCUGUCGAUGCUGUCGCAGACAUCGCGUCGUGAAGCCCCGCUCGAACCGGUGGCCGAGGAGGGGUCGUCGGUGCACGAAGACGGUGACGCCGUAUCUGCAAGUGCAGACAGGCGCACAUUGCUGGCCCCUGCAGCGUCGAGCAGUACAAGCCCGCUGUGCGGCCCGGAGGGCUACGAGGAGUCGGUCCGUCACACCGUGGCGCUGGGCUGGGACAUGCCGGCCACGGUCGUGGUGGCCGCCACGCCGACCGAAUCGGUGUGCUCGGACACGCAUUUGAGCUUGCACAUUCCGGCUUCGAGCGACGAUUCGCCUGAGGUCCGCAGCCCACCGGAUGCGCCGCCCACAUUCCUGGCUGUCGGCGGCAACUCAAGGGCUCGCGAGGUAAACGUCGACGAGGACAGCGCCAUGAGCCUGCAGGCGACGGGGGUCUCGGAGGAGCAGGUCACCCGGACGAUAUCGGAGGCCACGGUGCUCACAGCAUGCUCAGGGGAUGCAUGGACUCCACAGAGCGUGCAGGUACGGCCAUCAUCGGCCAGCGAUUCAAGCGACUUCGUCACUCCGUCGCCGAUGCACUCGAGCGGCAGGAGCACUGCUACCGAAAUCCAGAUGGGCCGCCGGUCAUCGGCGGUGCAGACCGAGGCAUGCAGCAGCGUCAGCCGGGCCACCACUGCCAAGUUGGAGAGCUCGUUCUGCGAAGCGAACGACAGACACUCCCAGAUGAUGCGGGUGCUGAUGGCCGGCAAUGCCCACUACCUGCGCGAGCGGUCGGCCUCGUUCGGCCGCACGUCGACGCUGGACGAGACGCUGUACAUCUGCCAGCAGAUCGGGCAGGAGCCACCGGCGCCCCAGCGGCCGGCCACCGCCGCCUCGGAGGUGUUCGUCACUCGCAGCACCACGGCGCUCGGAUCGUCGUGCGAGGACCGUGAGCCGUUGCGCCUGCGCCACCUGGUGGGGCUGCAGCACCCGCAGGCCUACCUGAUGGCGAGCAGGAGGAGGAGGAGAGGGACGCCCACCGGGAGCCACGCGCCCAGCGGCGACGAAGGCGUGUGCCGCAGCUCACCCCAGCUGCGACCAAUGCCGCGGCCUCGGCGCCUCCUGGCGGCGAACCCGGAGCCCAGCGCCCGCGCAUCGGACCCCGGGGUGGUGAGCGAAUCGCCGCCGCGCCCGAAGCCUCGGACCAGGCUGCCGCUCAGGGUUCCCGUCAGCGUCAGCUCGACCAGCGAGCGCCGCUCGGACUACAGCCUGGCCUUCAUGCCGGACUCCACGGAACUCGACUGGUCGAUCUCGCCAUCGGCGCCCCGUUGAAACAACGUUACCGCGCGCUCACCUUUCAAUAGAACGCCGUCUGCUUCUACUAUCGAAGGUCCCAAAUGGCUGGCCUUCCCUUUCAAGCAUCAUCGACGGUGCCCCAAUAUUUCGUGCACGACUGUGGGCGCUGGCCAACUUUCGUUUUUUCCUUCUCUCGAGACGAAUCUGCUCGUUUCAGUGAAAAAAGCAGAUGGCAGUUUCAAUAUACUCUUUGUAUUCCGAAA